AUGAAUUUCUUCACCCCAAAAACCUCCCUGCUCUCGAUUUACUCACUGCUCGUCGUCUUACUCUUGGCGAACGGGAAAUGGGCCUCGGCCGCAAACUGCAGCUCGUGCCCUCCCAACAUGUGCUGCAGCAGAUUCGGCUACUGUGGCACAACCGAUGACUACUGUGGCAACGGUUGUCAGUUCGGGCCGUGCACUGUUCCACGAGGCAAUAACGGAGUAAAUGUGACUGACAUUGUCACCGAUGCUUUCUUUAACAAGAUAUUAAAGAAAUCCCAGCCGAGCUGCAAGGGGAAAGGAUUCUAUACGCGCUCGGCUUUUCUGCAGGCGCUACGAGAUUAUCCCGAGUUAGGAACUCAGGGACCGGUAGAAGCUUCCAAGCGCGAGGUUGCAGCGUUUUUCGCGCAUGUUACGCAUGAGACUGGGUAUAUGUGCUAUAUUGAAGAGAUCAACGGUACGUCUCGAGACUACUGUGACAAAACUAGCACGCAAUAUCCGUGCACGCCUGGUAAGGGCUACUAUGGGCGGGGCCCACUACAGUUAUCGUGGAACUACAAUUAUGGCGCGGCUGGUGAUAGCAUAAAUUUCAAAGGAUUGGAAGAUCCCGAUAUUGUAGCUAGAGAUUCGGUUAUCUCAUUCAAGACCGCACUCUGGUUUUGGAAGUUAAACUGUCACGACCUUAUUACGAAUGGGAAAGGAUUCGGAGCCACAAUCAAUGCCAUAAACGGCAAACUUGAAUGCAAUGGAGCAAAUCCGGCCACGGUUGCUAGUCGUGUUAAGUACUACUUAAACUAUUGUAAGCAACUCGGUGUCGAUCCAGGGGCAAAUCUGAGUUGCUAG